UUUAUUUAUGCAUCUAAUAUCUGAAUAGGAGCAAGUUUCCCAUAAAAAGUCUUUCCAAGAAGCAACCCAUGGGGCAGAUCCCCACGUGUUGUAUUACCUUAUCUCCUCAAUCCUAGAAUCCUUUCUAUAUAAUGAUUCUCAGAGAAAUAUUUAGAAGAUGACUGUCAAUUUUAGCAUAAUUUAAUCAUCUGUAGUGAAUAAAGAACUACGCAAUCAACUCUCAAACUAUGUUAGCAAUCAAUUUCACCAAGAGCUACUCCAAACUCCUCUCAACCCUAGAUAGUUCUUCAAAUGUUAAGUGUAAUAGAUACUAUCUAUAUUAGAAAUGUUUUUUUCAAGUUUAUUUUAUAAUACGAGGCGUGUUUUUAAAGUAAGUACCGUUUUAAUAUAACGCCGCUGGAGCGCUGCAGUCGGCACUUAGCGCAUGCGCGCUGUGUACCUACAUCUGUUGGGAAGCCACAAACGCCAUUACGGAGCCAGUCGACUGUGUUUACUGUUGUUUGUGUGUUAUUGAAAUGCCGCCGCUCAUUGAGAAUCCCGCAGACUGCGAAGUGCGUGCCGUUAUUCGUUUUCUCAGUGCUAAAGGCUCGAAAGCGGCUGAAAUUCAUCGCCAAAUCAGUGAAGUUUAUGGUGAAAGCGUUAUGAGUGAAGGAAUGGUACAAAAAUGGGUUAGGGCCUUUAGUAAUGGCUGCACAAACAUUCACGAUGAGGAACGAAGUGGGCGACCUUCAGUCAUUAUCGACGAUUUGAUUGAAAAAGUGGACUGUAGAGUGAAAGAGAACAGACGAUUCACGAUUUCAUCUUUAUCUAAAGAGUUUCCUGCAGUUUCAAGAAGUGUUCUCUAUGAAAUUGUGACCGGACGAUUAAAUUAUCGGAAGUUGUGUUCCCGUUGGGUGCCGAAAAUGUUGACGGAGGAGCACAAAACCAAACGUUUGGCCAGUGCAUUGACUUUUCUUGAGCGCUACAGUGACGAAGGAGAUGAUUUUUUAAGUCGUAUUGUUACAGGCGAUGAAACGUGGGUAGCCUACGUUACACCGGAAUCAAAGCAACAAUCCAUGGAAUGGCGACAUUCAUCAUCUCCAAGGAAAGUCAAGUUCAAGCAAACAAUUUCUGCUCAGAAAAUCAUGUGCACGGUGUUUUGGGACAGAUACAGAGUGUUGCUUGUUGAUUUUUUGCCUCAUGGUGAAACGAUCAAUUCAGCUGCAUACUGUGAGACUUUAAAAAAACUGCGCCGUGCAGUACAAAACAAAAGGCGGGGCUUACUGAGCAAGGGUGUCGUUUUGCUCCACGAUAAUGCUCGUCCACAUACGGCAAAUCAAACUCAAGACCUAAUCACAUCAUUUGGCUGGGAACAAUUAGACCACCCUCCAUACAGUCCCGACCUAGCGCCGAGUGACUAUCAUUUGUUUCUGCAUUUGAAGAAGCAUCUGGCAGGGCAGCGCCAUAACAAUCACGACGAAGUCAAAACGACCGUUCUGCAGUGGUUGUCUCAUCAGGCGGCAACAUUCUUUGAGGAUGGAAUACAAAAGCUGGUCCCACGAUACGAUAAGUGUCUCAAUAUUAAUGGGAAUUAUGUAGAAAAGUAGUGUAAAAUAUGGGCUUUCACAUAAAUAAAAAUUUUGUUAAAAAUGUUUGCUUGUUUUUUUUAUAUUUCAAAACGGUACUUACUUUAAAAACACGCC